AUGAAGCUGAUCAUUAAUUUAUGUUCACUGUUUAUCAUUUUUUUUACUAUUCAUACUGUUUCUUCAUAUUCAAACGGUAAAAGUCGAUUCUACAAUCUAAUUCGUCAAUCGAUGAAUGCAAAAGAUAACGACGAACAUUCAUCUGUUCUCCGAAAUCGACAGUUUAUAUGGAAAGCAAUGAACCAGCGAUUAUCACCAACAGAAUAUAAUGAACAGACGAAUGAAGAAAAACGAGAAACUUGGGAUUCAGGCGAAGAUCAAUAUUUCCGAUGGGCCUCUCAAAAUCGUCGGCCUAUGGAAUCUUUAGGACGAAAACGUUAUGUCGACAUGAAUACAUUCGGUUCACGUCCGUCUCGUAUUAGUGGUGGCAUAUGGCGUAGUGGACUUGUUGGUUAA